AAUAUAAUAAACCUAUCUUCUUUCUCUUUCUCAUCAUUGCCAAAAUGACCUUUGUUAAUUUUCUGUUUAUUAUAUUCCUCCUCCUGCCUUCUUCUCUGCAAGUCUUUUCCAUUGUAAUCCCAUCAAGCUUGGAUACGCAAACUUUGAUCAUGCAAGCUUGCACUGGUGUCGGGAACCAGGAUUCAUGCCUGUCGAACAUGUUAGCUGAGCUUGGAAAAAAAGGCACCCGAAAUGCAACUUCAGUUCUGAGUGCUGCCAUGCAGGCCAGCCUCAAUGAAGCAAGGUUAGCAAUUGAUACGAUCACAAAGUUCAAUGCUUUGUCUGUAAGCUACCGCGAACAAUUAGCCAUUGAAGAUUGCAAAGAACUUCUCGACUUCUCAGUUUCUGAGCUGGCAUGGUCAUUGGCGGAGAUGGAGAAAAUUCGAGCAGGUGAUAAUAAUGUUGCCUAUGAAGGCAAUCUAAAAGCUUGGCUCAGUGCUGCACUCAGCAACCAAGAUACAUGUCUUGAAGGCUUUGAAGGCACAGACAGGCAUCUUGAGAACUUCGUGAAAGGAAGCCUGAAACAAGUUACACAGCUAAUUGGUAAUGUGUUAGCUCUGUACACACAACUCCACAGCAUGCCAUUCAAACCAUCGCGAAACGGUACUAUCACAAAUACAAGUCCUGAGUUCCCACAAUGGAUGACAGAAGGUGAUCAAGAACUCCUAAAGUUCGGUACUCUUGGUGUGCAUGUAGAUGCUAUCGUAUCUUUAGAUGGAAGUGGCCAUUACAAUACCAUUACACAGGCGCUUAAUGAAGCUCCUAAUCACAGUAAUAGGAGGUAUAUUAUAUAUGUAAAGCAGGGAAUCUACAGGGAGAACAUUGAUAUGAAGAAGAAGAAAACCAAUAUUAUGUUGGUGGGGGAUGGAAUUGGAAAGACCGUAGUGACGGGUAAUCGCAAUUUCAUGCAAGGAUGGACGACAUUUAGAACUGCUACUGUGGCGGUCUCCGGAAGAGGAUUCAUAGCAAGAGACAUGACAUUUCGUAACACGGCCGGACCAGAGAACCAUCAGGCAGUGGCGCUCCGAGUCGAUUCCGACCAAUCUGCCUUUUAUCGAUGCAGCAUGGAAGGGUAUCAAGACACCCUAUAUGCUCACUCUCUCCGCCAAUUUUACCGUGAAUGCAACAUUUAUGGGACCAUAGAUUACAUCUUUGGCAAUGGGGCAGCAGUGUUCCAAAAAUGCAAGAUAUACACUAGAGUCCCACUACCCCUACAAAAGGUAACAAUAACAGCUCAGGGUAGGAAAAAUCCCCAUCAAAGCACUGGAUUUUCAAUUCAAGAUAGCUAUAUUUUGGCUACACAACCAACAUAUUUAGGCAGGCCAUGGAAGCAAUUUUCUAGGACAGUUUUUAUAAACACAUAUAUCAGUGGUUUGGUCCAAGCUAGAGGGUGGCUUGAGUGGUACGGUAACUUUGCCUUGGGUACAUUAUGGUAUGGCGAGUAUAAGAAUUAUGGGCCUGGGGCAUCUCUAUCUGGCAGGGUCAAAUGGCCUGGAUACCACAUUAUCCGGGAUGCUGCCACGGCCAAGUUCUUUACUGCCGGCCAGUUCAUAGAUGGCAUGUCGUGGCUGCCGUCAACUGGUGUAAAGUUCACCGCAGGUUUAAGUAAUUAAGUCAUUGUGUAUAUGGUUAAUUUUGGAACCAAAUUGUACUGAUCUAUUUGCAGAAACGCCGACCCCCAACUAUGAGGGAUGUAAGUUGGCUCUAUGCAUGAAUUAUGUAUAUUACCACUCAAAAAUAGAGAUAGAUAAUAUUCAUUGGCAAUUUCCGUAAAA